AUGAGAAGAAUCCUUGCAGCUGCUUCUUAACAGAGUACAAUCAAAGAAUCGAGAUAAUGAGGAUUUUAAUUGUCAUCUUCAGCAGCAACUUCGAGGGGGCAGAUCUGGCAGGUCUUUAUCAUCAGACACUAAAAAAGCCUGUUUUCCUGUGCUCGCUGAAAUGAUACUUCAAUCACGAGUGAGAGCCACGAAAUUUCACGUCUGUCUUGCUGGAUGAGCCUGGAGCCAGCUUGGUGCUGCGCUCCUUCGGCGGAAGCGGGGAAGGAUUUCCCUGCUCGCCCGGCCCGCGGGGCCGCCCCGCUCCCGGCCCCGCCCCGGCCACAGUCCAGCCGAGACAUGGAGCCGCAGCUCAGCUUCGGCGGCCGGCGGGCGCUGGUGACUGGGGCCGGCAAAGGGAUCGGCCGCGCCGUGGCCGUGGCGCUGGGCAGGGCCGGGGCCCGCGUGACCGCGCUGAGCCGAACGGCGGCGGACCUGGAGAGCCUCGCCCGAGAGUGUCCGGGCAUCGAGACGCUGUGCGUGGACCUGGCGGACUGGGAGGCGGUGGAGGCGGCGGUGGGCGCGGCGGGGCCGUUCGAGCUGCUGGUUAACAACGCGGCCGUGGCUGAGCUGCAGCCGUUCCUGGAGGUGACGCGCUCGGCUCUGCAGCGGUCUCUUGAUGUGAAUUUUGGGGCCGUGCUUCAUGUUUCCCAGAUAGUUGCUCGGCAGAUGAUUGCACAGGGGCUGCCAGGGGCUAUUGUGAAUGUCUCCAGCCAGGCAUCGAAGCGUGCGCUGAGGGAUCAUGCUGUUUAUUGUUCCACAAAAAGUGCUCUGGAUAUGCUGAGCAAAGUAAUGGCAAUGGAACUGGGACCCCACAAGAUUAGGGUGAACACUGUGAACCCCACCGUGGUUAUGACUGACAUGGGGAGAAUUAACUGGAGUGACCCUCAGAAAUCUGCCGCCAUGAUUAAUCGGAUUCCCCUGGGAAAGUUUGCAGAGGUGGAUGAUGUGGUGAACAGCAUUCUCUUCCUGCUGAGUGACAAGAGUGCUAUGACAACUGGCAGCUCACUGAUGAUUGAUGGGGGCUUUCUUGUCUCCUAAGAUGACACCUGCAUUUCACACCUAGCCUCAAUUUUCAUAUGAAUACUGCCUAGAUGUAAACUGGAUAGAAAACAAUGACUCACUACUUGCUGGAAGGGCAGCAGGGCUGAAGACUGUAUUAGAAGUGAGGCAGAAAAUCAGCUUUGCAAGGCUGCUAUAUAAUAAAGCUCACAUACACCUUCA